UCAUCAUACAACUACAAUUUACAAUCAUCUGCAACUGCAACUACUAGACUACUCGAACUCAAACAUUGAUCAUCAAUCACUACCAUCUAAGCAACCAACUCAUCUUCACUUCAAUCAUAAACUCAAUCAAAAUGCUCUUCACGGUAAAUCCCCUUUCCCAUUUAUCUUCAUCCCCAAACCUCAACUAACAACCCACUCAGACACUCCUCCCCCUCACCCUCCUCCCCAGCAUCCUCGCCUCCCCACUCCCCACCACCGAAACCAGCCCCUCCCCAACCAGCACCUGCACCACCAUAACCACAAAACAAGACUACUACCAAGGCUACCAAUCUCCCACUCAAUGCGGCAUCAACGUCGCAAGCGGCAACAUCACCUCCGGCACCUGCAUCACCAUCACCACGCAAGCUAUUAUGCUUUUCCCCGCAGACACUAAAUGUACGUAUAGUCUCUGGAAGGGGGUUACGGAUUGUAGUGGACAGGUUACGGAGACGUUUGAUUUGGGGGUUAGGAUGCAGGAGGUGGGGGAGGAGAGUCAGGGGGUUUGUGUUGGGACGGGGGUUAUGGACGGGGGGAGGUGGUAUCAUGGGAGUGGGUUUUUGAGUUGUGGGUGUUAGUUAUUUUUCGGUUUGUUUGGUUGGUUUGGUUGGUUUGUUUGAUGGGUAUGGGAUGGAGAAGAGGAAGGGCUAUUGAUGAAAAGGAGGAAAAAAGAUUGGAUUUCUUUUGAUGUGAACAGGGACUUUUCUAUAUUGACAAUUUCGAGAAUUCUGGGAUGGAUGGGUAUUAAUGAUGACAUAGGUAUGAUGGAUACUCACUCACUCACUCAAUCAAGUAGAUUGAACCGCUAGAUGAAUGGAUGGAUGGAUAUCUGGAAGGAAGGAAGGAUUUCAUAUUUCUCUUAACACACAGUGGUAGGAUUAAAAUCAAAAUCAAAAUCAAAAUUCAUAGACAAAAAAUUAAAGCUUAUAAUUAUUGGGAAU